GAAACGACAAAGAAGAAGAAUUUGCUUGUCAUUUCGGUGAAUUGUUACCCGCAACAAAAAGUAUUUGUUGAAAUUGUCGCAAGUACGUUUUAAAAAAUAGUUGAGAAGAGUACGCUGUGCGUAAUAAGUAUCCAACACUUUAAAAAAAUCUUACAAAAUCAAAAUGCCGUCGUUGGAGGUCAGUGUAAACAAAGUGAUUGUUCACCCGCUGGUGUUGUUAUCGGUUGUGGAUCAUUUCAAUCGCAUGGGUAAAAUUGGUAAUCAGAAACGCGUCGUCGGCGUUUUACUUGGCUGCUGGCGCUCCAAGGGAGUGCUGGAUGUUUCCAACAGCUUUGCAGUUCCUUUUGAUGAGGAUGACAAGGACAAAUCUGUAUGGUUUUUGGACCACGAUUACCUUGAAAAUAUGUAUGGAAUGUUUAAGAAAGUAAACGCACGCGAGCGUGUGGUAGGCUGGUAUCACACUGGACCCAAACUGCAUCAGAAUGACAUUGCCAUCAAUGAGCUUAUCCGCCGCUAUUGUCCCAACUCGGUACUGGUCAUCAUAGAUGCCAAACCAAAGGAUCUGGGUCUGCCUACAGAGGCGUACAUAUCUGUCGAGGAGGUGCACGAUGAUGGCUCGCCAACUAGCAAAACAUUUGAGCACGUGCCCAGCGAAAUUGGUGCUGAGGAAGCCGAGGAGGUCGGAGUGGAGCAUUUGCUGCGCGACAUCAAGGACACGACUGUGGGCAGUCUGUCGCAGAAGAUUACAAAUCAGCUGAUGGGCUUGAAGGGACUCAAUGCGCAACUGCGCGAUAUUAAACAGUAUCUGCAGCGAGUCGGCGAUGGAAAGAUGCCCAUCAACCAUCAGAUAGUCUACCAACUGCAGGACAUAUUCAAUCUUCUGCCCGACAUUACCAGCGAUCAGUUCACCAGCACCAUGUAUGUGAAGACUAACGAUCAAAUGCUGGUCGUCUAUUUGGCGUCUAUGGUGCGAUCGAUUAUAGCUCUCCAUAAUCUGAUAAACAACAAACUGGCGAAUCGCGAUGCUGAAGAAGGCAAGAAGGUGGUCGAUGAUAAGGAUGCGAAGGAUAAGAACAAGGAUAGCAAGGAUAAGGAGAACAAAGACACAAAGGAUAAGGAUGCGAGCAAGGAUAAGAAGGCUGAUGAGAAGUCCGACAAGAGCAAGGACGAUGGAGGCAAGAGUGCCAAAAAAUAGGAACGAAGGAAAAAAAGGAAAUCACGUCGCAAACGAAAGAAGCAACCGCCAGAAUCGUAAUCGCAAUCACAACCACAAAACAUCAAGAGCAGCGACAACAAAACCAACAUCCAUAUUACUUACGAGCAACUUUUGGACAGCUUGAGCGGAGAGUGUUACACAUUACAAAAAUCAAUCGCAUGCAGUUCAUAACACCUACAUGCAACAUGAAUAACUUACAUAGCUAGUAAUAUAUGCAUACGAAAAGCGAGAUCCUCCUUUCCAUAUUUUGUGUAGCUAAAUAUGCUAACAGUAACCAACAAGUUGAUGUAAUUAAAAUUUAAUUAAUUUAAACUUAAAA